ACUACAAUUCCCAGCGUGCCCCUCGUUCACUGCACCAAAGUGUCGCGCGCUGCCCCUAGCGGAGGAGUUCCGUUGGCGCUCGAGCAUCUUCGGUUAGUGACAGCGUCGGCGGCGCUCCUCGUCGCUCGGGAACAGAACAAGGAGUGAGCAUUUUGAACUGAGAAGACCAUGUUGAAAGGGGGCACCGCCAAGGCGGCACUGCCCAGGAUGGGAGCCCCAAAGCUGUCUGCCAGCAGCUCCCACAGCUCCUACUCCAGCAACAUCGGUAUGAAGACCUCUAGAUCGUCCAGCACCAUUGCCUCUGAUCUGCGACUCAGCAAGAUAAAAAGAGCGAGCAGUGAUGAUGCUCUGGCGAAACCUGUUCUGGGUUCAGUGGCUGCAGUGUCCCGCAUAAAGAAGACCGUCACAACAGGAGCCAUAUCUGAGCUUUCAGACAACAGACCACGCAGUGCUUCAAGUGUCCAAUCAACCAAAAAGUCAGGAAUCCCAGCUCCUCGUGAGAUCCCACAAAGCAUCUCCAGAGAACGAGUGUCAUUGCGUGACCAACAGAAAAGCACUACAGCCAAAAAGAUGGUCACCAGUGCCAGCACCUCUAGUCUGUCCACUCUGUCCAAGCAUUCACGUGGCUCUGUGAAGACCAAAGCAGAGUCUGUUGUUUUUGACAAGAACCUGCUGGAGAGUCAGGUGAGGGAGCUUUUGGCUGAAGCCAAAACCAAAGAGUUUGAGAUCAGUAAGUUACGGAUGGAGCUCCAGCGACAUAAAGGGAAGGAUUCAUCAUCAGAGGCUGAGACACCAGAGGGGAAUUCAGAGAUAGAAAGGAGUCCGGCACAGUCCGGAGACAUUCAGGUGCUUGUAGGGGAACUAAAGGAGAAGAAUGGACGUUUCCAGCGUGAGUUGGCCACCUUGCGGGAAGAGAAUCAAGAUUUGAAGCAGAAGCUUAUUACAUUGGAGAGCACCACAACACUGCUUACCAACUCUAGUAAGCAUUCAGUUAAUGGAUUUUUUUCAGAAAACACCUCUUCAGAUGCUGUCAAUGGAAGCCACCUUAAAACCUCUGCGUCAUCUGGUAGUGAAACCAAAGGCUCUCCUUUUCCCUCUUCAGAAUCCUCAGAGUUUGAGAAGAUUCCUUCACGCUCUGACUCAGUCAGCAGCAGCAUUAAGAGUGUUGUCCCCAUUGGUGCGAUGAAAGAGCUCUCUGUGGAAUCCCUGACAGACCGCAUCCAGAAGAUGGAAGAGAGUCAUCACAGUACCGCUGAAGAACUUCAGGCCACUCUACAGGAGCUGGCUGACCAGCAACAGGUUGUUCAAGAGCUAACAGCUGAGAAUGAACGUCUGGCAGAAGAGAAGGGCCUACUGCAAACUUCCCUACAGCAGCAAAGGGAGCGUGUAGAACUUCUGGCACAACAGAACGAGUCCGUUCUUCAGAGGCUCAGAGAACAAGCUCAGUGUAAUGAAGCUGAGGCUUCACGUGCAUCUCGGGUAGCAGAGCUUGAACAGCGUUUGGCUGAGCAAGUGGAGAGCUCCCGCUUUGAAAGAGAGAAAUUGGUAGACAUCCAGCAGCAGCUGACAGGGAGUCUUAGAGCUUUGGAAAUGGAGAAUCAGGAGGCACAAAUAGCUGUGAAGAGCUUAAAAGAAGAGGUAGAGCUUCUUCAAGGGCAUCUGGAGAGUGAGAAGGUUGCUAAAGAUGAGGCAUUGAGGAAAACUGAGGAACAGCGGCUAGCCACGGAGGCUCUGAGAGCAGAGAGUGCUAGUCUGAAGGCGCAAGUAGAGGUGGAGCGGCAGAAGAUAGCUGAGCUGAAGGCAGUGCAGAGCGCCAGUGACAACACAGAGUUGCAAAGUCUGCUUAAAGCGGCGCAUGAAGAUAGAGACAAGCUGGAGCUGAGUUGCACGGAACUACGACUAGAGCUACAGCAGGUGGAGGCAGACAGGCAGCAGCUGCUGGAGAGGGUGGAGAAACAGGAACAAGAACAUAAAGCCAACAUGCUUGCUUUAGAGGAGAAGAGCAGAGAUGCUGAGAACCAGAUCAAAGACUUAAAAGAGACCAUCUUUGAGUUGGAGGACCAGGUGGAGCAGCAACGGGCCGUUAGACUGCACACCAACCAGACCAUUCUGGACCUGGAGAAUCAAAUCAAGAGGCUAGAAGAAAACAAGGCUGAGCUGGAGAAGCAGAUUAAGGCCAUGAAUAAACAGAUGAAGGAUGAGACCGAGGAGUGGCGCCGUUUCCAGGCUGACCUCCAGACAGCAGUAGUAGUGGCCAAUGACAUAAAGGUGGAAGCUCAGCAGGAGCUGCGCACGCUGCGCAGACGUCUGCAGGAGGAGCAGGAGCAUAGCGCAAGACUGGCUUCAGAGCUGGAGCAGAUCCAGGGUACCAGGAUUGCCACCGGACCUGCAUUUGAGACCUCCAAGACUGCAGUUGAGGGACGAUAGAUGUCUAGGGUUUAGACCGGUUUACAGUGUUCUAAUACAGAUUUAUCUGUCAGUAUUAUUUGUGAAGAGAAAAUCAAGACAAAUUCAGAUUUUUUUGGGGAUGAAAAAGAUCACAGAACCGGAAUUCAUGCUGUUUUCACAGCUGCUCAGAGGAGAUAUUUUGUGUUUGUUUUGAAGCAAACAGCACCUGCACUAUUUGAAGUGUGUUUGAUCAUGUGACCUGCUUUAGGCUUUGUUUUGUUUUACCUUUAUAGCAAGGCCAAUUGAAAUAUUGGGGAUAAUUGGAAUAAAAAGUGAACAAAUUAUGUAAGGAUGUAUCUGUGACAUUAAUUUAUUAUAUCCCUGACUGGGCACUGUCUUUUUAAAAGUACAAAAAUAGCUUUGUAUUGUGCUGCCUUAGGAAUAAAGCCAACAUUUAUAGAUCUUUACUACUUCACCAGCACUUUUUGAUUUUGUCUUAACGGUUUGUAUUUCAACAGCAACCACGAAAGGGGAAACCAUUUAAUUUCCCUCUAAUACCAGUUUCUUUUAUGUUCUCUGUGUCGACACAUUGGACAGAGCAGAUACAUCAAGUUACACGAAGUCAUGGAGAUCCUUCGUUAACCAACUUUCAAACGAUGAAAAUUUAGUUUUGAGUCGCUGUACGCAAGUCCAACACUAGAUGGCAGACGAACCAUUCCUAUCGGCACUCCAACAUAUCAAGCUUGCUUUAGUCUUCAAACACACUCAUUCUUAUGGUUCAAACCCGUUUGGUUUACAACCCACUAACUCUUAAAUGUUUUCAUUUGAUUUACUCAAGCACUAACCAAUGACGAUGGCUUGUAUUGGAUGAUGUUCGCUGCAGGUUUGAGUGGUUGUGUCAUCUCUGUUGUUUUUUGCUACAUCACAAUCACUAGAAGUAGUGAUAAGAAAUCAAGCUUUUGAGAAACGUGCUUUACCUCACGUUCAAGCUAAACAACUCAGCUGAGCGCUCCCGUUUGCGCUCCUCAAGCGUGAAGCUUUCUACUCCACUCCACAUCCCUAUUUGCAUUGUUUAAUCGUCUGUGGCCAAUUCCAGAUCGAAAGUUUCUGUGAAUAUCACAUGAUAUCACGAAUCCGGAUGAGGCAUGGCUCUCAGAUAGGAAGUGUACAAAAUCAUAUUCGAGCUUUUCAAAGACUUGAAGUCAGGUCCUCGACUGCCGUUUUGUCAAAUCUCAGGUUGUAUGUGUCGCAGGAACAUAUUCAUCUAGAUGCAGUUUAUCAGAAAUUAUAUUACAUGCUGGUAUCGACAGUUCAGGACAUGACUGUGCCAAAAUAUGAUUGCAUGCUUUGUAGUUUCACACCUCGGCCUUUAAAUGAUGCAGUUUCUGUUACGAUUCAGUGAAUGUGCAAAUGUAACCUGUGUACUGUUUUCAUGUGACUGCAAUGACGUUUGUACUCGUGAGAGAUACAAUACUAUUUAUCUCUAACACAUGGGGUUUUAAAUGUACGUGUUCAAAUUGUCAUCGUUGUAUUCUGUAUUUUUAAAGUCAAUAAAUCAGAUCAUUCCAGCA